AUGGAGGAAGGGCCUCACCUCACACCCGUUGGGGAGAAAUCCCUACCAGCAAAAUGUAAACUCGGGACGCUGGCGUACUGCCCGACGAUGGACCUGAUAGCCCUCGCGACCGAAGACGAGGAGCUGCACGUCUUCCGACUGAAUGGGCAGAAGGUCUUCGGCGGUUCCUUCGGCGGCGAUCCGUAUCUGGGCGAGGACGAAGAGGACGGGGAAGUGCGGGCGGUGGCAUGGAAGGGAAAUGGUCGUCUCCUCGCUGUUGCGUGCGGUGAUGGCUCGCUCCGCAUCAUCAGCGCAUACACGGGGAAAACCGUGCAUCACUACCCUAUCCACCGCGACCAGAGCGAGGACGCCGACGAAGAGCAGACCGCUCCGAAGGUGACGUGUCUUGGAUGGGGGCUCAAUUUUACAGACAGCAAAGCUAUGUACAAGCAUCUUGUCGAUUCGACGGGGCAGGUUUCUCUCGAGGACCUGCUGGCUGCAAGCCUGCAGCCGUCCAAAGCAGCGGCGAUGCUCAAGGCCGAUUUACCCCGGGAACUCGCGUUACUCGACAUCGAAAGCUCGCUUCCAAAACUGAGCACGUUGCCUGCGACGGGCGCAGAGGAUGAUUUGUUCAGCUCGCGUGCCUCGAUCGAUGCUAUCUUUCACUCCUCGGCGAAAGACACGAGUGACUCUGUCGAUGUGCUGUUCGUGGGCUUCGAUGACGGUAGCGUUCAUCUCCGGAUCUUCGACUGUUUUGAGAUCGGCUCGUUCUCCAUCCGCGAUGAUACGGCCGGUGCGCGUUCAACCCAUGCGAUGCUCGCAUCAUCUGGCACGAGGCCCGAGUCUCCUGAUGCGCCUAUCGAUCUCGUGACUCUUGAUUUGCGAUUCAUCACCAAGUCCGGACGGUAUCUGUCCUUGUUAGCGUCGAAGACAACCCAGCUUCAGAAUCUGUUGAGGUACAUUGGGUCUGUACAGCGCCAAAUUGAGCUUGAGUGGAAGAAUGCACAGGAAUUACCGGCUCGCUUCUUGCGCGGGAUCAGUGAGGACUUGCAGGAGAAAUGCCAGUGUGACUUCGUCACCGCUGUCUAUCACUUCGUUGUUACUGGACAUUGCUUCGAGCCGAUGAAAGAGUUUUUGGUAGAUAUAGUGGGAGAUAGAGGACACAAGAGAUGGGAUAAGGCUGUCUGUGGGGGCUACGAGAAUAUUCGACGGCUAACCCAUGAGUGCCUUCUCCCAGCGUUAGAGCGAAGUCAGGUCCUUCUCGGUCGCUUAGUGGGAUUAUCCAAGUUCUCGAAGCUCGGCGGCAUCCUUGGCCUUGAUACCCCCAAAUUGAAUGCCAUCAUAGAAACGCUAGAUUGCUUACACAUUCUGGCCCAUAACAUUCUCAUCCACACGAACGAAGAGCUACGCCAAUUCAUGGCAUUUUCGCGCUGGCUACAUCAUGAAAUUAUGAUUCUGAACAGCGAACCGUUUUCGCAAACAUCAGAAGAGCUCCUCGAAAAAAGAGACAUCUUUGAUGUUCCUUUGACCGUAAAGUACAUCACCGGCGCACUCCGCAAGAGCGUGUUACGCAGUUACAUCCGGCAGCUCCCUAUGCUGGGGGUUCCUCAAAUGCCCACUCCAGCUACGGACAAGUGGGUUCCUGAUGGCCACGAUCGUUCUUUUUACGAUACAUUCAAAUCCCUCUUAGAACAACAGCGACAUGUUCUGGAUGAAGGCGGCGACGUGACGACCAUAGACGCGCCCAAAUUGAACGACCUGACGAAGCGACUAGGACUCCAGUUUGACAAGGUGUUUGCAGAAAUUGCCCUUACCCAGAGAAGGGGCAUUUUGCAUCACUCCCCUCUGACUCUUCAUGCGGAUUGUGAACGCAACAUCAUUGAUCUUAACAUAUGCUACGACUCGGAGGGUGGGGAGGAAGGACAUCCAUGCUCCAUUUACAUCGCCAGUCGGUCAAAGACAUCCAAGUCUUUAAUCUACGUGUAUCGCACUGUACUCGAUACUAUCAACGGCGUAAGCUCCACGCGCAGCACAUCCAUGGCCGCGUUGGACCUCCAAGAGGGCGAAGUACGCCAGUUACAGUUCUUCGAUCACGGUCUCAUGGUCCUGUGGGCUGCCCCAAAGAGUCCUGCUCGUCUUCUGGACAUACCAUUUCAGCCCAUUUUAGCACCAAAACAGCCCAAUGUAGCUCCGGCACCGGCUGUGCUCGAUUUUACUACUAUCGACUCCCCCCGCCCUUCUUCGCAGCCUAGCAUUCAGCCUACAUGCCUAAGCGCGGAAGCUCUGAGCAAACAUGGCAUGGUUAGGCAUGAAUUUGCAGUGUCAGGAUCCAAGUCGAGGCCUGUACGGCUUAACUUCUAUGGUCGGAAAGGGAGGAAGGCCGUAUGUGUUCUUUAUGGUGACGCGAUGCGAUACGAAGUAUUGGAUUUGGAUGCUGCGACCUCCAGCGAGGAUGACGAAGACGAGGCAGAGGGUUGA